AUGUUUGUUAAUCCCUUAAAAACGAUCUCCGUCCAAAGAUCUCUACAAUUAUCUACAUCGAGAUGUUUCCAAACAUCUGCUAAAAGAUGUCUAACAAUCCCUUUCCUUCCAGUAUUACCCCAAAAGGCCGGUGGUGUAACAGGAUCUCCCAAUGAUGCUUACAUCCCACCCAAAAUGAACAAAUUUGAAGGAUCAUACCAUUGGUGGCUUGAAAAAGUAUUUGCAGUUACUUCAUUGCCUUUGGUCACUGUUGCAGCUGUUACCUCUGGUCCAUUAUCAACCACUUGUGAUUCUCUACUUUCUGUGGGACUGUUAGGAUAUUGUUAUAUGGAAUUCCAUUCUUGUAUUACUGAUUAUAUUUCAAAAAGAGUUUAUGGGAAAUAUCAUAAUUAUGCCCUGUAUUUAUUAGGAGCUGGUUCUGUUGUUUCAUUGUUUGGUAUUUAUAAAUUAGAAACUGAAAAUAAUGGUAUCACUGGGCUAGUGAAAGGUUGGUGGAAAGGUGAAUUAAUAGAAGAUGUUGAGGCAGAAAAAAAGAAGGUUACAAAGAAAUGA